UCCUCUCCCCGCUCCGUCCCCGCCUGUGGAUGUUCCCAGUCCCCGCACGUGCGGAUGAGAGGCAGAGACCAAGCCGUUCCAUGUUUAUUUUUAAUCGGUUUCUGGUGAAUUUGACUUUGAUCUCCUGGCAAGGAGCUGCCGGGCUCUGCGGGGCUUCGGAGUCCGCUCGCUUCCCUCCAUCUGCUGGACCCUCGCGAGGAGACCCCUCGGAGCGCUCCCCGGUCUCGGUCCCUGGGGAUGGACGCCAACCUCGCCUGCCAGCCUCUCUGACCCGGCAGAGGACAGAGGGCAUCGCCAGCGGCUGCUGCUUGGGAUGGGCCCCAAUGGCAGGAUCUGGAGCCACGACGCCUUGGCGGAAACGGGACCUGCCAGAUCCUUCGUCCUGAUCCACCGCGCACCAGCCACCACCUGACCACGCCGGGUGCUCCCAGCGAGUUGGGUGCCUGAGGACCGUUUUGGAAACUGAGUUGCUGGGGGCCACCAGCCCCCCGGGUGCUCACGAAGCAGGCAGCUGGUUCUUGCGCUAGACUCACCUAGGGCGAGCGGAGCCAGCGAGAGGCGCCUGUGUGCACACAGACUUCAGGAGGAGCAGGAUUGGGCCAGCCUCAGAGGGUCCCUUCUGCACCAGGAGAGCGCCCUUGUGUGGGUGCUGCACCCAGCAUGGGGCAGGCCUCAUCCUCACAUUGUCCUGAUGCCUGACUCUCCUGGUCCUGGACAGCUGAUCCUGCCGGGAGGGAGGGGGGCUGCUGGGAGUGGGGCAGGCAUGUGAUCCUCGCCCGCUGUCCUCCCGAGGAUGCCGAGACUGCUGCCCCCCACGGACGGCUGACCCACAUCCUGUGGCUUCCCCCUCCCUCUGCAGAGGAUGACCACCUCCUGCCUCUUGGCUGCCAGGGCUCUGUGGUGAUGGCUUCCCGAGACUCCUUCUGGAUCCGACCGCUGCUGCUGCUGCUGCUGCUGCUGCUUCUGUGGGGCCUGGGCUGCUGCCCUGUGGGGGUCGUGUCCAUGCACAUGGAGCCUGGGGGCUCCGGCCCAGAAGAGUCCGGGGAUGGGGGGCUGCCGGGCAGCGGGCGCGUGAAGAGAGGCUGGGUCUGGAACCAGUUCUUCGUGGUGGAAGAGUACACCGGCACAGAACCACUGUACGUGGGGAAGAUCCACUCGGACUCGGACGAGGGCGACGGCUCCAUCAAGUACACCAUCUCGGGGGAGGGGGCCGGCACCAUCUUCCUGAUUGACGAGCUGACGGGCGACAUUCACGCCACCGAGCGCCUGGACCGCGAGCAGAAGACCUUCUACACGCUGCGCGCCCAGGCCAGGGACCGCCAGACGGACCGGCUGCUGGAGCCCGAGUCGGAGUUCGUCAUCAAGGUACAGGACAUCAACGACAGCGAGCCCCGCUUCCUGGGGGGGCCCUACAUCGGGAGUGUGGCCGAGCUCUCCCCCAUCGGGACAUCGGUCAUGCAGGUGAUGGCGUCCGAUGCCGAUGACCCCACCUACGGAAGCAGCGCCCGGGUGGUCUACAGCGUCCUCGAGGGGGAGCAACACUUCACGGUCGACAGCAGGACGGGUGUGAUCCGGACGGCGGUGGCCAACCUGGACCGGGAGACGCAAGACCGCUAUGAGGUGGUGGUCCGGGCAACGGACAUGGCCGGGCAGCUGGGAGGCCUCUCGGGGUCCACCACCGUCACCAUCGUCAUCACGGACGUCAACGACAACCCCCCACGCUUCCCCCAGAAGAUGUACCAGUUCAGUGUGGUGGAGACGGCCCCGGUGGGGACUCUGAUCGGGAGGGUGAAGGCCGAGGACUCCGACGUGGGCGAGAACACCGACAUGACCUACCAGGUCAAGGACGAGGAGGGGCUGGGGGCUUUCCGGGUGACCACCGACAGCAACACACAGGAAGCCCUCAUCUCCGUGCAGAAGCCUCUAGACUUUGAGGCCCAGAGCGUGCAGACAGUGGUGGUCGAGGCCCUGAACAAGUUUGCCGACCCCCGCUUUGUGGACCUGGGCACCUUCCGGGACCAGACCAUCGUGCGCGUCUCUGUGUUGGAUGUGGACGAGCCCCCCGAGUUCCAGCCCCCCGACGGCCUGAUGGAGGUGCAGGAGGACGCGCCGGUGGGCUCUUUGGUGGGCAUGGUCACCGCCCUGGACCCCGACGUGGCAAACAGACCCGUCCGGUACGCCAUCGACCGCAGCACCGACCUGGAGCAGAUCUUUGACAUCGACCCGCUGACUGGCGCCAUCGUGACCAGCAAGGUGCUGGACCGGGAGACAGCCGGCUGGCACAACAUCACCAUCUUGGCCAUGGAAGCAGACAAUCGCGCUCAGGUGUCCAGGAAGACCCUUCGCAUCCGCAUCCUGGACGUGAACGACAAUCCUCCAGAACUCGCCACGCCUUACGAGGCGGCCGUCUGCGAGGACGUCAAGCCUGGGCAGCUGAUCCAGACCAUCAGCGUCGUGGACCGGGAUGAGCCCCAGAGCGGCCACCGCUUCUACUUCACUCUGGCCCCCGAGGCCUCCUCCAGCCACCACUUCUCCCUGCUGGAUAUCGAGGACAACACGGCCGCCGUGCACACGCAGCGCCUGGGCUUCAACCGGCAGGAGCAGGACCUCUUCCUGCUGCCCAUCCUGGUGGUGGACAGCGGCCCCCCCACCCUCAGCAGCACCGGGACCCUCACCAUCCGCAUCUGCGGCUGCGACAGCUCCGGCGCCAUCCAGUCCUGCAACACCACCGCCUACGUGGUCUCCGCCUCGCUCAGCCCCGGAGCCCUCAUUGCCCUGCUGGUCUGCGUCCUCAUCCUCAUCGUGCUGGUCCUCCUGAUCCUGACCCUGAAGCGGCACCAGAAGGGCCACCUAUCUUCUGAGGAGGAUGAGGACAUGCGCGACAACGUCAUCAAGUACAACGACGAGGGGGGCGGGGAGCAGGACACGGAGGCCUACGACAUGUCUGCCCUGCGCAGCCUCUACGACUUUGCAGAGACCAAGGGGGGCGGGGGCGAGGGCCCCCCCGUCCUGCCCUCUGAGCUGCACUCGCUGCCGCAGUGGCGCCCGGCGCCCGACUUGGACUUCUCCGUCUUCAGGGACUACAUCAGCAGGAAAGUGGGGCAGGCGGACGAGGACCCUUCUGUGCCCCCCUACGACUCCUUCCAGACCUACGCCUUUGAGGGGGCCGACUCCCCUCCCGCCUCCCUCAGCUCCAUCGCCUCCCGCUCCACGGGCUCCGAGCAGGACUUCUCCUACCUGGGCAGCUGGGGGCCACGCUUCCGGCAGCUGGCGGCCCUCUACGCCGGGCGCCGGGGAGGGGAGGAGGACGGCGGUGGCGGCGGCGCAGAGUCCUAGGCCCACCAAACCAAAAAGACACCCCACCCACAGCGGAGGAAAGAGAGCCAGGCUGGCAGUGGCUUCGGGGGGGGCACCGUGCGGGCGCAGCCAGGUCCAGCCACACAGCAGAACCCCCCAAGUGCCCUGGCCUGCCUGCAAGGGGGGGGCCUUGGGGUAAGGGAGGGCCAGGGCAGGGGGCCAGGGACGCCCCACUGCUUGCCCCCUCGCCGCCUCUUCCAGUGAAACUCUCCACGCCCCUUGAAGACUGCAUCUCUGCCAGCCAGGACUUCUCCCCUGGCAAAUUAUCAUUUAAAUGGAUCUGCGCAGGGGAGGGGGCGGCCUGCCUGGGAGGGAGGGGAGCCUUUUGUUGUCGAAAUUGAUUUUGUCACUUGAUUCCAACGUUUGACAAGCUUUGAUUUGCUAAGCGGAGUCUCUGCCAAGAGGAGCCUGCUUCUCCUUCUCCCGCUGGCUGGCUCUCCUUCCCGGGUCUCCCUCUCCAGGACUUUCCCCCGGGACCUUCCUCUCUGGCCUCAUCCUCGGGGGAGGGGAGGCCUUUGGUUGUGGGUUCCAGGGAGGGGAGGGGGCACAGCGCUUUUCCAGUGGGGGGGGACACCAUUUUGAUUCCCUCCCUUGGCAGCGUUCCAUAUCACAUUUUGGAUUAGAACCUUCCACCCCUCUUGGGGACCAAUCCUCAGGGUCUUCUAAUUCUCCACAGCAGAGCGCUCCUCUCCCACACGCAGCCCCAGACACCCCCCCAGCAAAGACACCCCCACCUCGUCCUCUCCAGGUGCUUGCAGUGUGACACCCCUCCCCUCCAGCAGGUGCAUUGCUGCUCCGUAGGGUCUCCCUCCACCAACCGUCCCCUUCUGGCUCCACCUGCCCGUUUCCCUCUUGCAAAAGUUGUGCGCCAGUGGCAGAAGCUGGUUGCCUGAGACUCCCCCCCCCCACUUCUCCCUGCCAUGGGUCUGAGGGAGGCAGCUCUCUUGGGGCAAAUGGUUGCCCCCCAGCCUCAUUGCCGGUCCCACUUCUCCCUACGAAAUGCCCGGCUUUUGGGGCGAGAGACCAGCAAGGGCCCAUUGGGACUUGGGGCCAAGACCUGAAGGGUGUGUUGGGGGGCUGGGAGUGGGGCAGCCUUCAUGACUCCCCUUUCCCCUGGCACCUGCUGUGACCCCCAAGCUCCCUCUUCCUGGCCAGUUCCCCCCUCCUGCCCCCCUUUGCAGGCCUGCCUGACUUUACGGCUCGGACCAAGCCGAGUCGCUGGUUCUCAGGAUUUUCCCCAGUCUCCCUGGGCUGUUCCGGUAGUGGGGGUUGGGGGGUGGGAUGGGCCCCCCAAGCCAGCCUGGCCUUCACUGUGACUUCCCCUCUGGUUCUAGAGAGGCAACUGGGCAGAUGGCAGCCCGCCCCCCAUGGUCCUUGUCCAAAGGGUGGGGGCUGGAUGCAGGGAAAGCGGCUCUUUGCCCCCCUCCCUCUCCUCCUCAGGAACACCUCCCAUUCGCUCCCCUCCCUGUUCCCUGGGGGCAGCCGGCCUCUCAGGCCACGGGCCAAACAGGGUAUGUAUCUGGCACUCCCCCCCCACUGCCUGCCCUCCCACCCACCUGCCCAGAGCUGCUGUCCUGGUGACACCCCCCACUCCUGCCUCUUCCCACCUGUAAAUAGGGGUGCGUCUCCCCUGCCCCCCAAAGGAUGCCCCCGCAGGAGGAGCUGGCAGGCCCAUGGAGCACUGGGGGGGGGGCAGCUGUGCUUUGAGUUCUGAGCCAGCCGAGUUGCUCACCUUUGGUAUUUUCACACUUUGGUCUUUCUGGGACCCGGAAAUAAAUGAUCUCCUUGUCGUC